CAUGUCUGGCAUGGGCAUGGGCGCAGGAGGAGGGGGGGCCGGUGGCAUGGGAAUGGGCAUGGGUGGAAUGGGUGCCGGGAUGGGUAUGGGCGGCGCCAGCUCCCCCGCCAAUGGCAUGGACCCGAGCAUGCUUCCUGGCGGCAUGGGCAACAUGGGUGGUGGCGGAGGGAUGUCCCCGCAGGAAAUGGCCCAGCGCGCGAUGAUGGUGCGCCAGAUGCAGAUGCAGCGCGCUCAACAAAUGCAGCAACAACGCAGCAAAGACAACUGGGGCGCUGGAGACUUGGGCUUGGGCGACGGUCUCAUGAAUAACUCAAUGAUGCCGCCUCCUCAAUCGACCCCUCGGCCGCCCACCGUGCGUCCGGGCACAUCUAUGUCGCAGCAUUCGCCCGUCGCAAUGCACUCUCCCUCCAUCGGCGGCGGCAUGAUGUCCCCUGCUGCCAUGCGUCCUGCCAGCCGCACCAUGAGUGUGGGUAGUACGUCCGGCGACCUCUCGAUGAACGGCUUUGCGAAGCCCCCACCCACGCCCUCUCAACAGCAGUCCAUGCCUUUCGCCACGCAGAACUCCCCUCCGCCAAUGGGCCACCCCUCGCAGCUAUCACCUCAACUUAAGCGAAAACUGACGUCCGAACCGACGAACAGCCCGCGUCUCGGAAUGGGUCCGCCGCCUUUCAUGAAUGGCCGGCAGACGCAAUCGCCGCGUCCGACCACGGCUGGUGGGAUGGAGCCCAAGAUCGAGCCGAUGGCGGGGCAGGUUCCGCGCUCGAUGAGCAGGCAGCCAUCCAUGGACAAGCCUGAUCUCAAGCUGGACGCGUUCACUGCCCCGACUGUCGACGCGACUGCAUCUAUAUCCGCUGCACAGAAGCCCGUCCGACCCGCUCCUCCUUACCACUUACCGUCCUUACCUGCCAACGUGAACCUGAACCCGAACGUCAGCCGCGUCGAGGUCGUGCCUCUGGAGGAGUCAGCGGCACGCAUCCCCCCGCUGGAGCCUCGCGAGAUCGAGGAGAUCAAGGCAUGGCAGGCGCAGGACAAGGAGUACGAGGGGCUCCUGCGAAAGAUGAAGCAAAGGAUGGCCGAGGAAGCAAAGGACGCUUUUGGGCAGCCGAACUGGUGGGAGCGCGGUUCGCGGGAUAUCGACGUUAACGCACACCGGCGCCAAAGAAGACGAGAGGAGUUUGGAAUUACAUAUACCCACCCUGAGCUGAAGAAGGGCAAGAAGAAGCCGAAGCGCGAAGGGUUCAGGCUGCCACGGCGGAUCGACCCGAAGGACGCCAAUCGGCCAGAGCGGCUCGUUCCCGUGCGUCUGGAGGUCGACGUCGAGCAUCACAAGCUGCGCGAUACCUUUGUAUGGAAUCUCAAUGACCCCAUCAUCACACCCGAGCGUUUCGCCCAGUCCGUUGCCGAGGAUUACAGCCUCCCUACUUCCUAUGUCUCGACCAUUGCAAAACAAAUACAAGAGCAGCUCAGCGACUACCAGACACAUACGGGCUUGGACGAGGGCGCGGAGGCUGACGAUGAGGCGCCACCUAUCACUGGCAAGCAGGGUGACGAGGAUGCGAAGUGGUGGGAGAGCUGGCGCAAGCGCUUGCGGUCGGAGGCGGGCGGCCUCAAGGGCCGGAAGAGAAGAAGGCUGACGCGGCGCGCACGACCGGAUGAGGUCGACAGCGACACGGAGAUGGAUACUCCGGCGGAGCGCCCGAAGGCUCUCGAGGAGUUCAAGGUCGACGAGAGCAGGUUGCGGGACGAUAUGCGAAUCACGGUCAAGGUUGACAUCAUCGUCGGAUCCAUGAAGCUCGAGGACCAGUUCGAAUGGGAUGUGGAGGGUUCUUCCAUAACUCCAGAAGACUUCGCAGAGGUCUACGCGCAGGACCUGGGUCUGGCAGGCGAGUUUAAGACUGCCAUAGCGCACAGUAUACGCGAGCAGGUCUUCGCGUACAAGAAGUCGCUCUAUCUUGUGGGACAUACCUCCGAUGCUUCGAACGUCCAAGACGAGGAACUGCGACAGGCCUUCCUUCCCAGUCUCACCUCUGGUGCUCGGCCUUCGGAUCAGGUGGCGGCGUUUACACCAUCGUUGUACUACGCCAGCGAUGGCGAGAUCGAGCGCAGCGAGAAGGAGCGGGAGCGCGAGAUGAACAAGCGGCGCAAGCGCAACACUCGUGGUCGUCGCGGCGUCGCUCUUCCAGACCGCGACCCCAUCCGGACCUACCGAACGCCAGCUAUCGGCUUCCCCGAACUCGACCCCGCUGCACUUGCUGCUGCCGCGGCUGCCUCUGCGCCGACAUCGCGUCGCGCGGCUGCGGCUGCUGCAUCGCUCACCAUCGCAAACAUGGUCGCCAACGAGAACGGGUCGCCGCCUUUCACACCCGCGCAGCUACCUGGCACGAGCGGAGGCCAGCAGCAGCAAGCAGCGAGUGCGCCGGUGAAGGAGAAGAAGGUCAAGGGCCCCGGGCUUUUCACUGCUCCACCUUUCGACCCGUCGGUUCUGCGACCGAGAGCCCAAGUUUCGGCACCGACAAGAUCUACAGCGGCUGACGAUGACGGCACGGGCAAGAUCAGGUUCUCGAAAGAGAAGCAGGUCCAACGAGAGAGGGAGAGGGAAAAGGACGCCAGAGAGAAAGAGUACAUGUCGAGACAACACCCUACCGACGUUGACGGCAAAUGGCAUUGCUCGAACUGUGGCCGGCCAGAAGAUCUCGCUGGGGGGAAGCGCAAGGGUCCGAUGGGAGAGAAGUCACAAUGCGCAGUUUGCGGCAAGUUUUGGCACCGCUUCCGUCGCCCAAGGCCAGUCACAUGGACCACGGAUGUUGCCUUCCACACACGCGCUGUGGCCUCGGAGAAGGCGCAGGAGGCGGCGUUGAAGGAGGCCAACGACGACCGUAGUCCGCCGCCGACAAACAAGCGGAAAAAGACGCGCGCAGCCCCUCCGCCAAGGGCCGAAUCAAGCUCGCCUGUCGUGCAGAAGACGAACUCUCGUCAAAGAGCCACGUCCCUCUCCUCUGCUUCUGAUGUCUCCGAUGCACCAUUGGCGCAGACGAUGAAGGUGAACGGCUCUGCCAACGGCAACGGGGACGAUGACUCGCCUACGGAGACCCGCGCUGGCACGCCGCCGCCGCUCGGGGAGAAAACAAAUGGAACGUCCCGGUCAACGUCUACGCCGCUUCAAUCUCACCGCAACGCACCGUCGUCUCCCUCGGCACAAUCGCACCAAUCCUACCCGCCAGGGGCGCAGCCUCCCGAAUGGUUGCUGGCGGCCAUGAAGGGCUUGCAGGAGAAAUACCCGACGGACAAGUUCGAGGCAGUACUUCGCAAGGUAUCGACAGUGAACUCGCCCGAGUGGCGAAUCAAGUGUUUGGACUGCCCUGGGAAGCUAUAUACGCCUGGUGGCGGGGAGACCCUUCAGAAUUAUGAAGUGCAUCUGAAGAAUCGGCACCAUAGGCAGCGCGUCAACGACCGGCUGGAAAGCGAGUCAUGAGCCACCCGGCGGACGACGAGGGAUGCGACGUGACAGACUAUUCAACUUUACUUCGUUUUUUCGUAUGUUUCUUUUCAGUACUUAUAUGCUUGCUGUUCCUGUUGUUCUCUGAAGCUGUCUGUAUCGCUACAACGUCGGUCCUGUAAGUAUGAAGCUACGUGGAUAUAUGCCGUGCACGGGGCAUAUUUGAAUGAG